CGAUAGUGAAUAUCGGAACGUAGCCUCAAUAAUGCCCACCAUCAUAUUUUCUGAACGCACCUGUUAUAACGUAAGAGUUGAAUGAAGUAGUGGAAAGCAAAGAGAGGAUAUACACAGUGCGCGCAACAUCAGUGACGAGUAGCAAAACAGAAGUAAGAACAUAUUGCAACGCGUUGCACAGGAUCUGGAUUACGUGUGACGUUUCAUUAGACGCAAAAGUCAAUAGAUAUGUCGAGCGAAGUGGACGAAUGCAAGUUGAAAGGCGGACAUCCGCCAGCAGUAAAGGCAGGUGGUAUGAGGAUAACGCAGCAUAAGACGCCCAAAGAUGAGCGCGAGACAAAGUCUAACAAGGACAUGGAGGAGAGUAGACCAUCCAGCAGUCCACCGAAAACAAUGAUAAUUAGCGGGGUUCCGGCCAAAGGGAAUGCUGAUUUUCCACCAGAAGCUGUGCAACAUUUUCAUGAGAAACCCACUCCGACGCACGAUGCACGACCAGCGCAUUGUUCACGUCCCAUUAUCAUCCAACAGCCAAGAAAGUGAACUGCACUUUGCAAAUUGCAAAGUUCGCGAGCAACCUCAGUCCGCGAAGUCAUUCGUUAAGUUUAAUCGGCAGAAAAAAAGAUUAUAAAUAUUAUAUGUAUGUGUAUGUAUAUUGUAUACACACAUACAUAUAUAUAUAUAUAUAUAUAUAUAUAUAUAUAUAUAUAUAUAUAUAUAU